AUGACCCGCCUAUUCAUUCUGCCUGCUAUAUUUGGCAUAUCGUCGUUAUCAUUAUGGUAUAUGAUCUGUUCAGCGCCUGGGUGGCCGGAAGACGAGGGCGGCGUAUUUGAAAUUCCGAAACAAUUCGAUAACUUCACAGUACUCGCCGAGAAAUUCCGAAGUUACAAAGAAGAGCAUUUCGGCUAUAUAACGACUCUGUUCGUUUGUGCCUACCUCUACAAACAGACGUUUGCCAUACCGGGAUCUUUUCUGCUUAAUGUCAUCGCUGGAGUCGUCUACAAUCUUUGGACAGGAUUCAUACUUUGCUGUUGCUUAACAACAGCGGGGUCUACUCUUUGCUACUUGUUCUCUGAAUUGUUUGGACGCGAAUAUGUGUUUUAUUAUUUCGGCCAAAAGCUGACAUAUCUCCAACAGAAGAUCGACGACAAUUCGAAUAGGCUUCUUCCAUUUUUACUAUUUGCCAGAAUGUUUCCAAUAUCGCCGUCAUGGCUUCUAAACAUUGUUGCGCCAUUCCUUAAUAUUCCUCUUCCAAUUUUUGCCGCUUCAGCUCUUGUUGGGUUGGCACCGUAUAAUUUUAUUUGUGUUCAAGCCGGCUAUAUUUUGCGCGAUUUGCGCUCAUGGGACGACGUUUUCAGCACAACAACCAUGCUGAAAUUGUUCUCAUUCGCACUGAUACCCCUCGCCUACGCGAUUUAUAUUCGUCCGACCGCCAAAAAGCAUCAGCUUGUGACGGCUUGCGAAGAAUUCGAAGAGAAGCCAAAGCCAAUGGAAAUUGUGUGA